UUGUUAUGUGCCUAGGGUAAAAGACCCGCUGUAGUUCGCUGCAGGUUAGUGGAGCCGGCUGGCCUAUCCACUAGCCGUGUGCGAAAGGAGAGUAAAUGGGUGCACGACUCAAGUACGACCAUUCAGAUAUCAGAUGCGUGCUGUUCUUGUCUGAACGUGACGUAGCUCGCUUAAGACGACAGCCGUCAGAUGCUCGAGCUAUGCCUCGAAUCGCGGUCCCGAUGGUCAGAGCGUCCUGUAGAGCUUGCGUCGCCCCACCUUAUCGAAGCUAUGGAAGCACAAGGUGUAUGCUAAUUCUGUGUGGCUGCCAAACACGGCUCGUCUCCGCUGGGUUUGUCGGCUAGAUCUGCGGUCCGGGUGUGCUGUGACCUGCACAGAACGCGGGUCCGCAACGUCUUGCAAUAUGCACGAUCGGGGAAUAUGUUUUCGAUUGUCGUCA